GGGCGYCGGCAGUCGUGUGGUUGUCGUCUGCUGUUUGCCGCCAUCUGGGUAGACGUUACGUUGUCGUGCGUUGUCGUCGUUAGUUGCCCUUGCGAGAACGGUUGUGUUACAUGGCCGACGUGCUCCGCAAGCUGCCGCUGGUCGUCCUCGUCGUGAUUCUGCUUGUAGUUGUCGUCUUUGUUCAGGUGUGCAUAUUGGGGAGGUUGCCUUCACGUACUCGCAGGAAACGAGGGGUGAGGAAGAGCGUGGCCAUGGACGGGCGGCGGCCGAAUGUUGCCACGUUGUCCGACACUUAUGCCAUCCACCGGCCUGCGAUCUGCACCGGUGUAGACGGAAGGGCGGCAGUCGUUCACUUCCCUCCUCCACGAAGGUGCCCAGGAAGAGGAACGCCUCCCCCCGGUGGAUCUCACAUUUGGCCUGCGGAGCGGGAGCCAUCUUCUGCCACGCGCACUGUGCUCGUGAACCCUCAUCCCGACGACGACGCGGGGCAGGUGACAUUGGUCGGCAGGGGCACGAGGGGUGGUUCUGCGCGUCAGGAGACGUCCGAAAAGACGACGGAGCGGCCUCGAGUGCACGCGACUUCUGGCCCAUCAAUUCCACGCACCACCGCCGGUCGCCCUGAGUGGAUGAACCCCCCUCCUCCGUUCUCCUGGGGCCGCGACACCGUUCCCCGUCCAGUUGAACGGGGUGUGAGUGCGGAAGACUUCCCUUUCGAGGGCGCGCGUGAAGAUGGCAGGCGAGUAUGGAAGGAGUCGAGGCGGGAGAUGCGGCGGCAGCAAGAAGAGUCAAUAACGCAAGGUGUGCAGCGAUUACGCGUGGGCGAGCGGGUCGGGCAAGCAGACGCGGUUGGCGAGGGGGGUGACGUCUGGAGAGACGGUGACGAAGUUGGGUGCGACGCUGAGGAGGACGACAGCGGUGACGUGUUCCCGUUGCGUGCGCCAAACAUGGGUGGCAGGGGCGGCAGAGGCAGGGCUUCGACGAAUGCUGGGCGGAGGCGGAAGAGGCCGUUGGCGACCUCUGCUGAUGCGGAAGGUGAGGGGGAUGGGGAGGGUGGCCGGAAUUUCUGGUCUGUGGAUCACAUGGUGGCGCUCAUAAGGGCGAAGCGGGAUCAGGACGCCCAACUACAAGCGGUGGGGCACGCAUUCGCACGGAUGCGGUCGAGGGAGUGGAAAUGGUUGGACGUCCGGGAGAGGUUGCUGAAGGAGAUCAAAGGGGCGAAUGAGAGGAGCCACGCUAUCAGCCCGAGCAAUGUUGCAGACACCGGUGGCGCAGGAGGUGUGCAACUCCCAUCUGCUCAGUCGGCUACUCCGAAAUCUGUGGGGGACGGGGAUGCCACUGGAGAAGGCAACGACGAAGACGACAACUCGGCGCGUGAGGCCUCACAGACGAUUGGAAGUCCAGCUGGUUUCGGGAAGAGGAAAAACGUGCGGCAGCAGACAUUCGAGGCCUUAAGCGAGUGUAUGGAGAAGCAUGAGGCGUUGAUGGCGUCGACGAUGGAGAGCGCGAGCAUGAGGCAAUGCGAGGCGAUGGAGAGCGCGAGCAUGAGGCAAUGCGAGGCGAUGGAGAGCGCGAGCAAGAGGCAAUGCUCCAUUCAAAUUCGACAGUGUGAGGCUAUCGAAGCGGAGGUGGAGGUCCAGAAGCAACAUUGCGCUGCAUCCAACGAAGUUAGCAAGCUUAUGUGUCAGGCGCUGAUGGAAAUAGCGAAGAAAACGGAAGUUGCCGGCGGCGUGAAGCGGGGGUUGCAUCAGGCGAAGAAGCCCAAGGCAUCAAGCGGCGGUGCUCUGGUGAUCGGGAGGUCCGCGCGGGAAGAGUGGGUUAACGAGGCCAGCAGCGGACAAGACGACGAUUUCGAAUCGGAGGCGGACACGUUUCAUGGGAGGAAAGGGACCUUGCGUGAAGUGUCGAACGCGAGAAUGGUGAGCGGCGAGGAAGGCGUCGACGGUGGUAAAGAUGGGGGUCACGGGGUUGCGCGAGGCAAGGGUGAGGCGACCGGCGACGUGGGAGGCGGUGUUGCUGCCAGGGAGGAGCGUGGCCAGCCGACGACCCCUGCCAUGCGCGGCGCCAUGCCGUUGAAGGACAUGCAGGCGGCCCAGGACGUCGGUAAACACCCGCCAAUGCGGGAGCCUUCAAACCCAGCGACGCCCACGGCGGGACAGGCGAGAAGGGAUGAAGGGGUGAGGGUGAAUGUGGUAGUGAGGGGACAGGUUGCGACGCACAUUCCCACAAAGGAAGCCGCAGCGGUGGGAGCCGUCGUUGGUAUAUCGACGACAGGCCCAGGAGGGGGCGGUGGCAACGGGCGUGAUGAUGCUGAUGACGACGAUCCCCUCAUUAACAGGCAGAGGCGAUCCGGAAACAUGGCGGCUCUGGAGGCAAAAGCGAAACUGUGGGUGGACGAUCUGCGUUUCUGGAACGAGACGGAGGGGCAUGGGAUGUUCAAGAUCAUCCAGGAGACACGCCUGCACCUCAUCGCCAUCGCGAAGGGUGUGAAACCGCCGGAGAUCAGAAAAAGCGUUCUCCUCCCGAAUGCCACGAUCCCUCUGCAGAAGCUGGAAGAUGUGUCGGAGUUGGGGGCCGCCAAGGAGAGGGCUUCGAGGGUGCAGACCAUAGCGAAAAGGGGGCCGACGUGGAGACACGAGGCGGAGGAGGUUGAGUACGAAGACGAAAGAGAGGAGGAAGACGACAAGGAAGACGAGGAGGUGAUAGACGAGGAGGACAAGAGGGAAGACGGGCAAGAAGACGACGAGGAAGACGAAAACGAGGAGGGGGGAGACAAGGCGAUGGAUAAAGACGAAGAAGAGGACGAGGAGGAGAUGGGGAAAGACGAAGACGAGGAGGAAGACAAGGAGGAAGACGAGGAGGAAGAGGAGGAAAAGGAGGCGACGCAGAAAGACGAAUACUACGAAGGGGAAGAGGGCGCGAUGGAAAAAGAGGACGUCGAGGAGGAGGAGGAGGAGGAGGAGGAGGAGGAGGAGGAAGAGGAGGAAGAGGAGGAAGAAAGAGGAAGACGAGGAGGAAGACGAGAAGAAAGACGCCAUGGAGGAAGAAUAGAGGAGGAGGACGAAGAGGAGGAAGAAGAGGAGGAGGAGGAAGACAAGGAGGAGGAGGACGAAGAGGAGGAAGAAGAGGAGGAGGAGGAAGAUAAGGAGGAAGACGUGGAGGACAGCGUGGAGGUAGAGGAGGUGGAGGAGGAGGUUAUGGAGGAGGAGAAGGGCGAGGACGAGGAGGAGGAGGAGGAGGCGAUGGAGGAGGAGGUGGACGAUGACGAAGAGGAGGGAGACGAGGAAGGGGAGGAGGAGGAGGAGGAGGAGGAGGAGGUGGAGGAGGAGAUGGUGAGCGCGUACCUCCCGUGAUGGUUGGCAACGGCGACGAAGACGACGACGGUGGCAGCAGCUCCGGGGUAGGACGUGGGCACCAGCGACAGCGA